CCUAUUGGCUACGCCGCGCCUGGUCAGCCGCGCCCGCUCCACCUGAACGGUCCCGCCUUCCACGCAUUUCGCUCCGCCGCCUUGAGUCCGUCAAUCCGCCGCAGCACCGUGUCCACGGGCAUCGCGGGGGAUAACACCACGAUCCGCUUCGGCACGAGUGACUCGGGCUCGAACUUCUCCCACUGCGACGUCAAC